UAGUACAGUGAAAAUGAAUUUUUGAAAACUGCUUGUCACACAGAUUAUCAUCCGAUAAAACAGAGAUUUUUUUUUUCUUUUUAAACUCCAGGCCUACGUAAGAUAUGAAUUUGUAUUGUCUGGCCUGUUUGUUUGGUCAUCUGUGGGAUCUAAAUAUCCCCCAGCUAUUUCAGUACAGUCUGUGAUGAAUAUAAAUAUGUGCACUCACCCCGGAAAGCGUCAAGCCUUAUGUCUUUCCUGCUAUAGCUUCCUUUAUAGUCCUACAUAGCUGAGGUUUAGAUCAAUUCUUGAGCAGCUGAAUGUCACACCUAAAGUAUCCCAUGUUCACAGAACUUGCUCUUUUCUGUUGGUACCAUCUCUGUUCAAAAGGUGCCUAGGGUUUUCUUCAGUUAAGAGAAGCUAUCACCGUGUACACUGGUAAGAUCAUGUUAACCCCAGGUCAUCCUACAUCUAGAUUAUAGCCUUUAAAGUAUAUUAAGCAUGUUGUUUUAGUGACCGACUCCAAAACUGUGCGUUAACACAUUAGAACAAGUGAAACCCAAUGAUGACACUGGUAAUCCUUCCAGAUGUUUUCAGCCAACGUUUAGUUCUCUUGGUUUGACGCCUGCUGAAUACCAAUUUCAGUAGAAAAGGUUUGGAUCCUAAGACUGAUAUGGAAUUAAUUAAUGCCGUUGACACGUAACAAAUUCCCCUUAACCGUUCAAUCAACCAUGGGAUCGACGCACUUCUGUGAUCUAUUGGUAGGCGGGACUUAGCGACGUAUUGCUUCUGCGCAGAAGAGAAAACGGAAGUAACGUUGUCCGACUGUCGUUGCAAGGAACGUUUCAAAGCUGAUGGCGCGUUUACCAUAACAUUGUGUUUUAGUUUUAUAAAUGCUCGGAUAGAUGUGUUCUCUGUAAAUAUUGUCAUUUAGUAACGAGGUAGUGCCUAGCAAAAGGAGACGAAAUGAACCUACGUGGUACCGGUGAAGAACUGACUUCUCCAGCUGAUUUUAUAUCAACAAAUGUUGGAAGGAAUAUCCAGAGGAAUCUGAUGCCCCCUUCUCAUUUCAUUUCGAGCCACCACUCCACACCUGCUUCCCUACCAGGACAUCAGCUCUCUGCUGGAUCAGUAACAGGUUCCCGCAUCGGUCAUUCGGCAUUGUCAGGACCCCAGAGAUUUAGUGAGACAACAGUGCCUUGGACCCCUCUAUCUACAUCUAUGCCAGGGGAUCCAUGGCUGGCCAUCGCCCAGACCAAUAAGGAGAUACUGGAACUUCGUGAAGAAAAUCAGAGACUCAAGGAAAAAAGGGACCGAUCACCUUCAGCUCAGCACAACACUCACUCGGCAAGGUGUGGAGAGCGAGGCGGGCUGGAGUCAGAGUGGCGUUUGGAUCUUGAAAGACUGCGUGCAGAGAGCGAGAGGCUACGAGGGCAGGUGGAGACCUUGAGAGACAAUGCUGUCAGACAGAGGGAGGAGAUGAGGGAGAAAGAAAGCACUAUUCACAGGCAGAAUCAUGAGCUGGAGGAGUUGCGUGCUGAGAUGUGCCGCUGUAAAGCUGAGCUGGCCCAGAACGUGUUGGAGCUGACCCAGAGGAGAGAGGAAAGAGAGAAACUCACCACUCAGUUAGACAAACUCCAGAGGGACUUUUCUGAAGAACGGAAUAGGUAUCUGAGGGAGCAGGAAGCCUCCAGUAAGGAUGUCCAGAGACUGACAUGUGAAUCCCAGAAACAGAGUCUCCAAGCCAAGCAGGAGACCAUCUUAGAAGCAUCGAGGCUUCGAGAGGAGCUAGAGAGAGCCAUUCGGACACAUCAGAGUCAGAUGGAGCAGAUGUCAUCGGGCCAUAGAGAAGAACUGGACAUUUUGAAACGGGUCAAUAGUGACCAGCAGCUCAGAAUGAGUGAUGUCACCCAGGAAGUAACUUCACUUAAAGGCCGUUUGCAGGAUAUCAGCACAGAGAGAGAUGUCCUGCGAGAACAGCUACGGCAAUUGCAUCAAGACUUUGAGGCUCAGGGAGAGACGAUUCAGAGUCUUCGGACGUACAUUGGCCAACUUACUCCAGAAAGAGGAGAACAGGAGAGGUUGACAGAGAAAAUACAGACACUGGAGAAAGAGAAAGAGGCCCUACAGACAUCCCUGGAACUCGUGGACAUCAGGCUGAAGUCUGUGAAUGACAUUUUAGCCAUCCAGGAGAAGGAGCUCAAUGAUGAGAUGAACUGCGGCUCUAUACUGAAAGGCAGCGGUAAGGGCAGCAGAGUGCUGGCCCAGUGGAGACACAAGGUGUUCAUACUCCUGGUGCAGCUGCGGUCCAAAGACCUGAACUUCAGCGGAGAGAAGAACACUCUGCACACCACUAUCUGUUCUCUGGAGGAGGAGUUGGAAAGAGAGAGGAACCAGCACAGUCUGGUUCAGCACACGCUACAGGACCGGCAGGCUCAGCUGGACCUCCAGUGUCUCCACACACAGACGCUGAAACAGGAUUUGGCCAGGGUCAAGGAGGAAAACGAUAGACUGAGACAGGAAAACCAGAGCUGUGCAAAAGCUCUAAAGGAUAUCACAGAGAAUGUGCAAAGCUGUGGUGUUCUCUUUGAGAGGAACGUGGCUGACUUGGAGUCUGCUCAGAGCCAUCUCAGUGGCUUAGGACAGAGAGUUACUUUUGCCACAAGAAGAAUUGAUACUAUUCAAGGUCUGCUAAUGAGAAGAGAGGCUUUGAGAAAAGUUCAACAGACCGCAAAACCUACAGAGACCCUUUCAGACAGAAGGUGCAUUGCAGACCUCCAGACAGAGGUGGCGAUGUUGAGUGAGGAGAGGGAUAAACUGGCACAGGAGCUCAAACGCACCCCAAACCUGAUCCAGAGUGCCCUCACGGACCUGCAGGAUAAGAUGGACUCUGAGGUGGGCCGGCUGAGUCAGGCCCUGGUGCAGAGCCAGCAGGAGGCUGGGGACGCUGAGGCCAGUCGCCGGGAGAGUGAGAUGGAGCGACAGCAGGGACACGAGCGUAGGCGGGAGCUGGAGGGCCUCCUUGCGGAGCUGCGUGAGGAGGCUCAACUCAAGCAAGAGCAGACUGAGCAGGAAUCAAAGCAGAAACUUUCAGAAGUGGAGAGUCGGUGCAGAACCCAGCUAAGGGCCCUGGAGGCUCAAGUGAACACAGCCCGAAGAGAACACACUAAAGCAGUGGUAUCCCUGCGGCAGUGUGAGCGGCAGGCAGAGAGGGCUCGAGAGCAGGAGCGAGCGGCACAAGCGCUCCAAAGUGAGCACGCCCUCAAAGAGAUCACUCUGCUUAACAAGCAGCUCAAGGACAAAGACAGAGACAGGAACCUGCUGUUGGCGGUGGUGCACGAGCAGGGGCUGAUGAGUGAGUACAGGAGACUCAGGGGCGCGGGGCGCCGCCCUCCACAGGCCCCAGAUCAGCAGCCGCAGCAGCAGCCGCAGCGGGAGAGGGGGGAGGAGGGUCAGGUGGUGCAGCCCCAGGCUCACGAUGCGUUGAUGUCAGUGCUGGGUGACCUGCAGGUUCUGAGCGCGGCUGUCAUGCACAGCUCAGAGGAGGGAAGUGAGGAAGAGGAUGAACGGGAGGAAGGCCAGGGAGACGGAGCCACUCGAGCAAGUCUCCUCAGAUAACUGUUGUUUUUGGGAUGGUUUCAUUUUCUUUGUUUUUAAUGUUUUGUUGUUUUUAACAUCAACAUCAUUUAACAUCAUCUGGUCCUUAACAUAUUUGUACAGGUCAUGGAGCUUUUAAAGGGAUUUAUAGUUCACAAUAAAUUAUUUAUC